GUAAGAAGUUACAUCAGCAUGAGGUCCUCUCUUGGACUUAAAAUGUGGUGAAUUACAUUUUAAUUUAUUGAUGCCAAACUUAAGAAGAAUAGCAGCCUUGUAACCUUUUGAAAUUAAUCUUUACUGACUAUGCCCUUAAGGCCUUGUUUGAAACUUGGUCCCUUGUGAUAGUAUGCUUGGUUUUGGUUGUGGCAGGAUGUAUAAGGCCUUCCACAUUAGGUCUAUUUGUUUGGGUAUCCAUUUGGGCAUUCAUAUAUGAAUGCAAACAUAGACAUACAUGAGCAUAUACACGCAUACAUGCAUGCACACAUGAGCAUACAUGCAUGCACACAUGAGCAUUCAUGCAUGCACGCAUGCGCAUUCAUACAUGCAUGCGCAUAAAGGCAUUCAUUCAUAAAUGCAUAUACAUGCAUUCAUCCAUUCAUGAUCCCAUAUAUCCGAGUGAUGCUUAUCCGUCUCGGAUAAGGUUCCAUCUUUUAGUUGUACUCAUCAUUAGAUUCCUUGCCAUAUUGUUGUGUUUGAUGAGUACCGGGUAUUGAUCUGAGUCAAGGGCACCACAUUAUCACGCUGCUAACCCUCGAGUGUUGUUACUUGUGUUGAGGCGUGAAGUUAUCUCCUGCUUCCCAAAUGGCCAUUGGGGAGGGUGGAGAUUGAGAUUGUUGUUGGCUUGUUAGGGCGGUGAUGAGUAUUCAUUCCCUGUGAAGUGAAUCUGACUAGUAUACCCUUGUAAUUGUUAGCCGUGUAUUUGAGAUUGAUUUCCUUGUUAUUGUUGUUGUGGAUGCUAAUGCUGCUACUUAUUUUGUGUUUAAAAAUUUGGUGCGCAGAAUGUGGUCCUUGUUUAGAUUGUUUAGUUUGAUAUAAAUUGUCAUUCUCGAGUGACAUUUGUUUUGUCUCCGGCCUGACUUUUAAAGUAUUUAACCAGUUUUGUGACAGCUAUCCAGUUGUUUCUUUGUUAGAAAUCCUUGUUGGUUUACUUGCAUCUAGUUACCUACAAAGAGUCCGGCCAUGAAACCUGUAGAGCUAUGAUGUCCCUCAUCUAAAGCUUGCUUUGUUUGUGGAUUAUUAUUGAGAAUCAGUGGUUGAAAUUGUGCAAAACUUAAACCAUACCCUUUAGGGUUGCAGAACAUUUGGGUGGUUAUAUGCCUCCUGUGUUGUGCUACAGUGUCUUUUGCCACAAAUGAAAGAGUUGUUAGUUCAAGCGUCUUCUCUAGGACAAAAUGGUGCUUUUAAGGAUAUGCUUGAGAUGGACUAUUGAGCACAUUCUAUCCCUUAUUGGAAAACCUAAUCUUUUGGACUUUGUAUAUAUGUCCCCCUAAUCUAGGGAUUUACUUUUGAUUUUGCUAUGUGCUGUUUCUUGACCAUUAAGACUAUGAAGGUCUUAAAUUUAAGUUGGAGUCUCCAACCUCAAAAUGGCUUUAGUUUUCUUGAUGUUUUAUCCCAGAGCUUGGAAUACAUUUAAGUUACUGGAAUGUAAUGUUAUUUAUAGAGGCCAUUAUUGGAACUCAAAUUUUAUGCAAGAAAAGUUUAGAUCCUCC